UUUAAACCAAAGAAAAAGUUCAAUUGCUACCAGGACUGUACAUGAUCGAGAACCUAACACGACACGUAAGAUAUAAAAAAAGGAAAAUAUGAGAUGGGGUUGGGUGGGAGACAAGGGGUAAAUUGGAGAAGAACACACACACUCCCUCUAGAAAAUCCAAAAAAGAAAAAAAGACAGAAAGAUUUAGCAAAGAUUAACCUCUUCUUUUCUCUCUCUUUUAUUCUUUCCAUCUUUUCUUUUUGGCUUUUUUUUUUCCCUCCCUCGCUUGCCCUGUUGCUCUAUACCUGACGAACUGCAGGGUGUUGCGAGCGAAGCUAUUCUAUCCCCAUAGUGGAAGUCGUACAC